UCGGGAGGAUCUAGUGCCUCAACUCUCGUCAGGGACAGCACAACCGGCAGCAGAUCGGGAGCUUUUCCUCUUCGGAAAUUUACCGCCGGUGUUGGUCGACCAGGACUUGCGCGAGAGGCGAGGGAGGCCGUUCGAAGUGUGGUUUCUGCACGCAAUACCAGCCGGCGAGUCACACCCGUUGAGCCUGUGGAUUACGAGAAAUUCAUCACUGAAAAGGCUAUACUCUUGGAGAAUGAUCCUCAACGGGAAUUGCUUAUGUUCCCUAGAGAUGACAUGGAGGAAUUGGUAGAAGUCACGGAGUCUCAGACUGUCAUUCCAAUGGUUAACCAGAAGGAUAUUGCCGACACUACUUGGCUUCUGACUCGAGAUGCCGUGAAAAGUUUCAUUUCUCCAAAGCGCAGUAUUUCGUUUAAUUACACGAAAUUUGCCGGUGAUUAUGACUGCGUCAAUGACGAAGCAGUUGAAACUGACGAGAUGUUGUCAUCAUUACUGUUCGAAUGUGAUAUGGUCACAGAGGAGGAAAGAGCGGUAAUGGAGAACGCUUCCGUGUCUGACGUUAUUAAGGAGGGUUUUGUGAUGGUGUUAAGUGAGACAGGACUUUUGGACAAUUUCAAGUCAGCUAAACGGCGGUACUGUACGGUGAAACAGCUGGGCUCCGGAGAAGUUGCUGUGGAUAUCAGGAAAACCCGAGAUACAUUGCCGAAGCGACCGCAAAUGCUCGUUCAGUCUGCUCAGCUGCGUUCCAUGAGAAAGGGCAGGACUGUGUUAGAGAUCAAACCAUCACGGGCAUCAAAAGAACGGGCAGAAGUGCGUUCAUUGACGUUGGCCUUUGAAGAGGACGAGGAUCUUUCGAACUGGUUUCUCGCUCUUCAGCGUGCACUAUCUUUUGUAUCAAAAGGCGAUACUCUGUCAUUGGGAUCUCAUCAUGAUGAUUCGAUUAGUAAGACCACUAACGAGCCAGACUCGUCAAGUAUAGGUAGUUCGGAUUCUGGUAAAGAAUCUCUUAUAUGGAGGGGUCAGCGUGCAGUUGCGAAGGCUCUUCAGCCUCCCAUUGUAGAUAGGAAGAACAUUUUCUCAUUAUAUUCUAAUCUGUUUCCAUUACAAAAGCCGGUAUGCGAACCGUUGAGUGUGAUUAGUGGUGGACUUUCUUCAUAUUCGUCAACUAGAAGACACUCUCACACUUCUAUUAUACGCUUUCUAAUCGAGUUCAAAAAGUUGGACCUCAAGCUAGAGGUUGCUCCCGGUAUUUCUCAGCAGAUCGAACCCUUUUAUGUAACAAAUUUCGUAUUCGAUGCUUCCCAAGGAAAGCGCGUAUCGGAGGAAUUCCAACUCGACUGCAGUGAGAAGACAAACGAAACCGUCGACGCCAAUGGAGAAGACGAUUUCACGAAAACCUUUGGUGUUAGUCGAGCUCAGUUAACUUCAAGAACAGCUACUCAGAUGAUGUUUACCACUUGCAAUGCACCGAAAGAUCUCUGGCUUGUUUGCUGUAUCGAUCGCAUGCUUUCAUUGGAUUAUUCAGGAGAUUUAUACAUGAAAUCAAGUGGGGACGUUAAAGCUACAGUGAAGCUACAAAAGCUGAUUCAGUCUUCUUCGGCUCGCCUUUCCAAGUAUAGGCAGCGAUUCGCGUGGGCAGCUAGACCAUUACUUGAAGAAAAUAUCACUAAGGAGUCAUCAAAUUCGCGAAUUACCAAAGGAUUCAGCACUAUGCAGUUAUUUCGAUGCGAUAACAACAGACUUGUCGACCAGGAUCUUCAGAAAUAUCUCAACGAUUUUGCAAAGUUGGAGAAAGCUGGCAAGUCGGUUUUGCCCAACUCUUCAAUGGCAGUCAAAAUCGAUGUUUUGUCUUCAGAAGAUGAACUACAGUUUCGAGUGAAUCCUUCGUUUUUCGCGUUGAAACCUUGGAAGCUCUCGAGUGACAGUCCAGUGCCACCGUUGUUCGAACUGCAAACUUUUGGAGAUCCAAUUACUGAGCCAUAUUCGCAGCUCUUCAACCUGCUCUACAUUUAUCCAUUAAGUUUGAAGUAUGACAGUCAGCGUGUGUUCCCAAAAGCGCGAAACAUCCUUUGUACGGUUCGCCUCGUUCGUGGUGGAGAUCAUUCUGCGGCAAAGGUUUUCUUCGACCGGCUAAAUCCAUCUGGACCGCUAGUUGCAAGCGCCAAAUGUGCUGUGCAGUAUCAUCAGCAAUUUCCCCAUUUUGGAGAUGAAGUGAAAGCGCGACUACCAGUCUGUUUGAGUGUUUCUGAUCAUCUUCUUUUCACGUUUUCGCACAUAUCUGUAGCAGGUCAAGCAAAUAGCAAAGUUCCU